AUGAAGUUCAACGCUGCUGCGUUGUCCGCUGCGGCUCUGCUCGCGAGCGGUGCCUACGCCGACGAUGCUCAGAAGGUCCUGAGUGAGGACAAGACCUCUACUGCCGCCGAGUCUGCCACCUCGGUCGCCUCUAAGCUGCCUACUUUCACCCUCAAAGCAUAUGGGCACGGGCUGGAGCAUUCUCUGAGCUGCUACACAACUGCUCUACCCGUCAACAACCGUAAGCCAGUAUCUGACCAUGCUUUUCCUACACAGCCUACCACCCUCAAGGCCCCCUUCCUUGAGCAGUUCACCGACGACUGGGAGACCCGUUGGAGCCCUUCCCACGCCAAGAAGGACUCCAAGGACGAUGAGGAAUGGGCCUACGUCGGCGAGUGGUCUGUUGAGGAGCCCACCGUCUACAAGGGCAUGGAGGGCGACAAGGGUCUUGUUGUCAAGAACCCUGCUGCUCACCACGCCAUCUCGGCCAAGUUCCCCAAGAAGAUUGACAAUAAGGGCAAGACUCUCGUUGUCCAGUACGAAGUCAAGCUUCAGAAUGGCCUCGAGUGCGGUGGUGCUUACCUAAAGCUCCUUCGUGAGAACAAGGCUCUUCACCAGGAGGAGUUCUCCAACGCCACCCCCUACGUGAUCAUGUUUGGUCCCGAUAAGUGCGGCCACACCAACAAGGUCCACUUCAUCUUCAACCACAAGAACCCCAAGACGGGCGAGUACGAGGAGAAGCACCUCACCUCUCCCCCCACCGCUCGCAUCGUCAAGACCACUGAGCUCUACACCCUCAUUGUCCACCCCAACAACACCUUCAUCAUCCAGCAGAAUGGCGAGCAGGUCAAGACCGGCUCCCUUCUUGAGGACUUCUCUCCCGCUGUCAACCCUGAGAAGGAGAUUGACGACCCCAAGGACUCCAAGCCUGAGGACUGGGUUGAUGAGGCCCGUAUCCCCGACCCCGAGGCUAAGAAGCCCGAGGACUGGGAUGAGGACGCGCCCUUCGAGAUUGUCGAUGAGGAGGCCACCAAGCCCGAGGACUGGCUUGUGGAUGAGCCCCUUACCAUUCCCGACCCUGAGGCCCAGAAGCCCGAGGACUGGGACGACGAGGAGGAUGGUGACUGGGUCGCCCCUACCGUUCCCAACCCCAAGUGCACUGAGGCCUCUGGCUGUGGUCCCUGGACGAAGCCCAUGAAGAAGAACCCCGACUACAAGGGCAAGUGGACUGCGCCUUACAUCGACAACCCUGCCUACAAGGGCGUCUGGGCUCCUCGCAAGAUCAAGAACCCCGACUACUACGAGGACAAGACCCCCGCCAACUUCGAGCCCAUGGGCGCUAUUGGCUUCGAGAUCUGGACCAUGCAGAACGACAUUCUCUUCGACAACAUCUACAUUGGCCACUCUGUUGAGGAUGCCGCCAAGCUUGCUGAGGAGUCCUUCAAGGAGAAGCACCCCCAGGAGCAGCUCGCCGAGCUUGCUGACAAGCCCAAGGACGCCGAGAAGCCCAAGUCUCCCAGCGACCUCAAGUUCCUCGACGACCCUGUUCACUUCAUCAAGGAGAAGCUUGACCUCUUCAUCACCAUUGCCCAGAAGGACCCCAUCCAGGCCGUCAAGUUCGUUCCCGAGGUUGCUGGCGGUAUUGGUGCUCUUCUCGUCACCAUCAUUGCCAUCAUUGUUGGCCUUGCCAGCUCUGGCAGUGCUCCUCCCGCCGUCCAGAAGGCUGCCGCCGACGCGAAGGACAAGGCCAAGGAUGUCAAGGACAAGGCUUCUAAGGCUGUCGCUUCCGGCGCCGACGUCGCGAAGGAUGCCACCAAGCGCAACACCCGCAGCUCGUCUUAA